CUACUUUUGUGUUUGUGCAUCUGGUAAUAUAAUAAAACAGUCCUACUAAACAUCUUUCAAGCAGAAGCUAAGUAUAGUUUUAAUUUCGCCAACUAAUUUAAAAUUUAAGUUCAUUUUUUAACUUAAUUAAAAGAUCCAUUUGGAUCCGUUAGAUGAAGCCACAAAUCUUGAACAAAGUAGAAACCUACAGAUGUCAGCAAACAUGUCCUCCAUUAAUCGCGCCAAUUUUUAAAUUUUAAAAAUGUUUAAGGAUAGUUUUAAAUACUAUAAAACUAAAGCUUCAGUUCCUGAUUUAAGUGAUGUAAUUGAUAUUUACGAUUUAAACAAGUUUGAUUAUAAGGUACAACUUUUUAAAAAAAGUAGGAAUAUUGGCGCUAAUAAUGAAUGCAUCGGCUUAAUUCCUUUUGAAAAUUGGGAAAUUUAUGAAUUAAAAGAAAAGCCAGACUUAAUUUAUAUUAAAACUCCUUUUACAUCCUUUGGGCAAAGAUACUGGACAAUACAAUGUUUGGAAAACUAUACCAAGAAACCUAAUAAAUUAAACCUAGACCCUUUUAAUGAAAUACCAUCGAACGAAAGCUGGUGGGAAAUGUGUCAAAAAUAUAAAAAUUUCCAGUUGCUGAAAAAAUUACGAUGGGCUACAUUAGGAUACCACCACAAUUGGGAUACUAAGGUUUAUACUGAAGAUUUUCGAAACGAAUUUCCAUCGGAUUUAGGACUACUCAGUAAAAUUGUAGCCAAAGCAAUUGGAUAUGAUUAUUUCGAACCUCAAGCUGCAAUUGUCAAUUUUUAUCACUUGGAUUCAACAUUAUCUGGUCAUACAGAUCAUUCCGAAAUCAAUUUAGAAGCUCCCUUAAUAUCGUUUAGUUUUGGUCAAUCAGCGAUAUUUCUCUUAGGAGGGAAAACUCUAGAAGAAAAACCAACCCCUCUACUUAUUCAUAGUGGUGACAUUAUAAUAAUGACAAAGGAAGCAAGAUUAUGCUAUCACGGUAUUCCAAGGAUUUUAAAGACUGACAACACUCCUUGGAACACUAACAAUUUUUCCGAAGAGAAAUUAGCAAAUUGUGGAAUUUUUUCCGAUCAUGCGAUUUUCAAGAGUCAGAAUGAAGAAUUGUGGAAACCGUUUGGACAGUAUUUAAAUAAUUCAAGAAUUAAUAUGAAUGUCAGACAAGUCCUUCCUAGUGGGCAGAGUUCUCUUUAAAAAUGUAUUUUUUAUCACUUUUGUAUUUGUUUGUAUCUUUUUAUGAAUAAAUACGAUGAUAUUUCUGAAUAAAUUGAUUGUUUUGUCUAUCUUAUAUCACUUGUAUGAAGUUUUGAAUCUCUAAUCUCUAUAACUAAUUACUUAUCUUCUAUUUUUAUUUGUUUACUUUUUUUUGUAAACACAAUCUCUAUAUUUCAUUUCCUUCCGAUUAUAAUUUGAGAAUUAGAUAAAAAUAAAUUUUAAUUGAAAACCAUAAACACUAAUUUUAUAUUUGGUAGGUGUAUAAAAAGAUAUAUCUCUCCAACGAAAAGGUCUGCGACGCGCUGAUGAGAUCCAAAAAGAUCGAAAUCGUGAUCCGCAUCUAGCAGUUACGACAGAAUACAGGUCACUUCGAAUUAUUUUAUUCGAUUAUG